AUGUCGAGCGAGGAGGGGUGGAUCUCCGCCGUCGUCGAAGAUGAACCCCGAAGCGACUGGCAGCUGAACUACCGGAGAAGCGGCUUUGAUCCCCAAACAGGCAUCUACAGUUCGCUGCAUCAACUCGGUGAGCAUCAGAAGUUACCAACUAAGCCUGACCUUGACACGGCCACAUUUGUGCUAUCUCAUUUUCCACACCCAAGUGAGGCCGAAUCACGAGUUGCGCUCAUCGACUCGGCCACUAACCGCCGAGUCACGUACGGGGAGCUCCGCCGCUCGAUCGGCUCUCUCGCCACCGGACUCUACCAUGCUCUCGGAGUACGCAAAGGUGAUGUUGUGUUUGUCCUCUCCCCGAACUCGAUCUUGUACCCAACCAUCUGUCUCGCUGUGCUCUCCAUUGGUGCAAUCCUAACCACAGCGAAUCCGCUCAGCACAGAGUCUGAAACCGCCAAGCAAGUGAGUGACUCGGGCGCCAAACUCGGCAUUGCUUCACCGGAAGAGGCACACAAGUUACUCUCCACUGGACUGCCAACACUCGUUACUUGUCGUCCAUCUGACGACGGGUCUCUUUCCAUCGAAGAGCUGAUUGAAAGCUGCGAUCCACUAGAGUUGCCAAAGCACGAGCUCACCCAGUCAGACACUGCUGCCAUUCUCUACUCCUCAGGUACUACAGGCACCAGCAAAGGGGUAUUAUUAACCCAUGAAAACUUCAUAGCUAUCAUGAAACUCCUGCAAUGGUCUGUGGAAGUAUCGUCGUCCCAGAAUGAUGUGUUCUUGUGCUUCAUACCCAUGUUUCACAUCUAUGGCCUUGCAUUCUUUGGUCUGGGUUUGUUCUGCUCGGGCAUUACAACAGUGGUGAUGCAAAGAUUUGACUUCCAAGCCAUGCUCGAGGCCAUUCAGACUCAUCGAAUUAACAACAUAGCAGCAGUGCCUCCAGUCAUACUUGGGCUCGUGAAGUAUGAUAAAGGCGGCUUUGACUUGUCAUCACUGAGAAGGAUUGGAUCGGGGGCUGCACCUUUGAGCAAAGAGGUUGCGGCAGAGUUCAGAAAGAAGUUCCCGUGGGUGGAGCUAAGGCAAGGUUACGGGCUAACGGAGAGCUGUGGUGCAGCAACAUUCCAUGCUUCUGAUAAAGAGGCAAAGGCUCAUCCAGCUUCAUGUGGAAGGUUGGUUCCAUGCUUUAGUGCUAAGGUGGUGGAUAUUGAUACCGGGUUAUCAUUGCCGCCUUGUAAGGAAGGGGAGUUGUGGCUGAAGAGCCUGGUGGUGAUGAAAGGGUACAUGGGAAACGAGGUGGCAACAGCUGCAACAAUUACCCCAGAUGGGUGGCUGCGAACCGGAGAUCUUUGCUACAUCGAUGAAAAAGGGUUUCUUUACAUUGUUGAUCGGCUGAAGGAGCUCAUCAAGCAUAAUGGGUACCAGGUCGCACCAGCUGAACUGGAAGCCAUACUUUUAAGCCAUCCCAGCAUUCUUGAUGCUGCAGUUAUACCAGUUGAAGAUGAAGAAGCAGGACAGAUACCCAUGGCAUAUGUGGUGAGAAGAACUGGUUCGAAACUCACAGAAGCGCAAGUGAUCCAAUUUGUUGGCGGGCAGGUGACCCCAUACAAGAAGGUGAGACGAGUAACCUUCAUCAAUUCCAUCCCAAAGUCAGCUGCUGGCAAAAUCUUGCGAAAGCAGCUAGUUUCGCUGAGCCAACAACAAUCUAUCUCCAAGUUAUAA